CCGUCCUGCAGCUGGAGAAUUUCUUCAUGCAUUCCUUCACCAGGACCGGCCGGAGACGUGAUCCCCGGGAACAUGGAACUGGCCAGUGAGAAACUGCGGAAGGAGCUGGAGGCGGAGUUGAAGCUCAGUACCGACCAUCUGCGCAGCCACGCCUGGUACCACGGCUGUCUGCCACGGAAGGAGGCAGAGUCCCUGCUGCAGGAGGACGGAGAGUUCCUGAUCCGUGACUCGCGGUCCAGCGCGGGAGACUAUGUCCUCUCCUGCUCCUGGGGCGGCCAGGCCCUGCACUUCAAGAUCAUCCGGGUGGUGCUCCGUCCCCGGAAGGGUUACUCCCGCACCCUCUUCCAGUUCGAGCAGGAGCAGUUCGACAACGUGCCGGCCCUGGUGCGCUUCUACGUGGGCAACCGGAAGGCCGUCUCGGACACCUCGGGAGCCGUGGUGUCCCGGCCGGUCAACAGGAGCGUGCCUCUCCGCUGGCUGGAGGAACGCCACGGGGACUCCAGCCAGCCCUCCAGAUUGGUCAAGAAGGACGGAGCGCCGGCCCGACGGCUCAGUUUCCGCGCCGCCACAGCCAGUGAGGAAAGGGUGGAGGCGAAUCUGCUCCGGGCCAAAGAUCGCAGUGGAAGUGACCCCAGCAGCCUCGACCAGCUGGACCGAAGGCCCUCCCUGCACUCCGCCCAUUCAGACAGCAAUCUCCUGACGGGCACAGGCAGCCCGGAGCCCUCGCCCGGGGUCCAGGACCGCACCCCGCUCCCCCCCUUGUCUCCCGUCUUCCGCACCGGCAGCGACCCCGUCCUGCGGCCGAACGCCCCAUCGUCUCGUGCGCAGGGGGGUCUGGCGCUGAGCGGCUCGGAGGGGCGUCUGCAUUCCAAGGCCCCGCCCAAGCCCCUGCGGGCCCCUUCCAUGCUGGUGAGCGACUACUGCGAACUAGUCCCCAAGGCCCCCGAAGGCGCCCGGAGCCACGUGGAACGCCUGAGAGGGGAGGAGAGGUGGCGUGUCCGGGCUCACCUCACGGAGACCGCCUUUGGGUUCCUGGACUCAGACGGGUCUUGUCCCUCGCCUCGCCCGGGGGACGCGGAGGAGGAGGACCCGGGGUUUCAGCGGCCCCUCCUGGAGACGGCCUCCUCGUUCCAGCCUCGGCUCUUCCACUCGUUGCUUUUGCCUCCGGACAACAAGCCCUUGGAUCCCAAGGCCCUCAAAAGCCUCAAGGGUCUCUUUGCCCAGCACGACUGCCGGACGAUGGCCCUCCACAUCCUACAGGUGGACUGCCAGGCUGCCUGGAUCACCGGAGUCUCCAAGGAGCAGCGGCAGGCCAUGGGGGUCAGCUCAGGCUUGGAGCUCGUAACGCUUCCUCAGGGGCACCAGCUGCGGAAGGACUUGCUGGAAAGGCACCACCUGAUCGCCCUGGGCAUCGCCGUGGAUGUCCUGGGCUGCACGGGGGCCGUGGCCGAGCGGGCGGCCGCCUUGCAGAAGAUCAUCCAGCUGGCCGAGGAGCUCUGGCGGUCCGCGGGGGACCUCUUUGCCUUCUCCGCUGUGAUGAAGGCCCUGCAGCUGCCUCAGAUCAUGCGACUGGAACAGACAUGGCGGCACCUGCGCCAGAACCACACGCGGAGCGCCAUCGCCUUUGAGAAGGAGCUCAAGCCCCUCUUGGGGCGCCUGAACCGGGCCGAAGGGAAUGCGGUCCCCUCCUGUGAGUGUGUGUGUGCAUCCAUCCCCUCGGGCGUGACGUGGUGGCAGGCUGAUGCCUCGGGCGGACACUGCGAGUGGGUCAUUAGGCCUCAGAGCUCCCUGAGCAGGCCAAUCCCGGGUCCUCAGAGCAUGUAUUGGCUGCAUAGCCCUCGGCCCCCGCGUGACUCUCCCCCGACACUCACCCCUUCGGCCCUGUCUCUUCUGCCCUCUGCAGGGUUCCAAGCCAUCCCUGAGCUCCGGGAAGCCUUCCAAACAGAGUUCGCCCUCCUGCUGUUCUGGGGCAGCAAAGGAGCCGAAGCAGACCGGACGGAGCGGCAUCGGAAAUUCGACAGGAUCCUGACUGUCCUUUCCCAGAAACUCGAGUGAACGGGCGCAGGGGCCGGAUCGGUCUGCCCUUCUCCCACCCCGCCGAGGAGUGAAUGAACGCGACCUCCUGGGAAUUCUGAAAAGCCCAGGAACUAAUUACCAGGAGCCGCGGGGCGUUGCUGCGUCCGCCCGCUGUUGUGAGCUUUGCAGACUGCACAGAGAGCAGGUUUUGGAGU